UGCUGAUGCGGGUACCCUCAUCAGUCAUAGUGACCUUGUCGAGCAGCUGUGUUUGAGCCUAAAUUGGUGGUGAAUAGCCGUAACAAUAAUGGCUACUCAAGAUGAUCUGGCCAGCAGCAAUCCUGACGCUAAUGUAAGGCAAGACAAGGAUUUAGUCGAAUCAGCCAUGACCCGUCAGCUGUCUGUAUCACUUGGGCGACGGAUCAGUCUUGAUGACCUCAAUGAGAACUCACACAAUGAAACGGUGGCGGUAGACAGCCCACAGAAUGGCGAGGUUGAUGUUGUCACUGUGGAUAACUCACCUGGAGAGGGCGCACCUCUGACUGGCCGGAAAAUCCUCCCGGUGUCUCCUGAAAUGGCCAGACCUGCUCCCAAGCACAAGAGAGCGUCUUCUCCAGCAAGGCAACAUUCUCCAGCGUCUGCUUCUAGGAGUCCGAGAGCCAACUGGCCCAGCCCACGGAGUAGUCAAUCCUCACCGGGUCGAGCAGAUGCUCCAACAGGCAACAAGAACAGGCGUUUUGAAGCCUGCAUUCUCAACAAAGCUAAAGUGUGGCUGCCGAUUGAACUUAUUGAGCAGCCCAAGAUAUUUCAUGAGGUGGUCAGCCUGGAGACAUGGAACAAUGUCCUAACUGAUGAAGACAGAGAACGUUUGUCCAAAAUGCUGCCAGAUUUUCCAGAAUCUGACAGCCAGGAGAAGAUGGAAACACUGAGGCGGUUGUUUGCUGGGGAGAACUUCAAGUUUGGCAGUCCGGUAAAAAAGCUCCAGAAGGACCUGAGGGCUGGCUACCUGUACCUGGAGGUCUUCAAACACAAGAGGGCGCUGCGGCAGGCUAAGUACCGAGAGUACAAGCAUCAGCAAGAGCUGCGAUGUCAUCGGAUGUUGAAGGAGGUGCUGAUAUCCAGGCAGGAGCUGCUUGAAGCUGCACAAUUCACUGCACCUGAUGAGCCAUUUAAGGUCAAGCGCCCACGACCUAUGACCGUUCAGAAAGACCUGGAUGAGAUAGUUACUAAGAAAUACAGAAAGAUUUUGAAGGAAUGCAGGAUAGAAUGCGGGGAAUUGUACACCAGCGAUGAAGAUGAUGAUGUAUUCAUAGCUAAAGACAAGACACCGACCAAGAAAAGACCCUCUGCCUGGUAUGAAGCACCCAGCGAUAUCGUCUUGCCAAGGUUUACUCCCCGAGUCCAAUCAACCUUUGAUCCCAAACCCAUCAGCUUGCAAUCGGGAGCUGGACCAGAUGGAAGCCCUAAUGGAGAUGAUGUAGUUAUCCCACCUGCUGCCCCCGAUUCACCAUUACAAUUAACAGAAGCUUCUUACAUGGACAUGAUUGACAAACAUCAACGUACCAGGAAUGCUGGCAUGGAUCACUUUGAGUUGGAUACAAGCAAUAUCACAUUGGAAGAAGUCAUGACACGAACCUUCUCCACCCAGAACUCACCCAUUGUACCCUCACGAGACUUCCGUGAUAAAUCCAUGCAGCUGUCACAAAAACGGAAAGCCAAGAUCAAGGACAAACUUGCCAAGAAACGGAAAAAGGGGAGACCUCCGAAGGCCACCACGCCCAUCUCCGUGAUGUCCAUGGAAAGUCGCACCUCAGUGGCCACCACCGAGUCCUCAGGAAGUGUAUCCACCAACCAGGAGGGGCCUACGGUAUCUAUGGAUGUUGGGAAAGAUGAAGAUGUCAGCAGUGUGCAGAGUUCCCAGAAGUCUGUGCUCUACCCCAACUUCUUCAGUUUCCUGCGAGACACCUUGAAGGAGUCACCUGACAGUCACAUGACCCUGGCUGAGCUCCAGGCACGUACCGAGGCCUGGCAAGGUGCGCCAGUCAGCGCCCUCAAUGUCUGGUUCACGCUCAUGGCUUCCUGGUCUCAAGCUGUCGGCAGCAUGCUGAAGUUCCUGAUUGGGGAAUUACCAAGCAUGCCAAUUAAGUCACCAGUAGUGGAGUACAGUGACACCACGCAUACUUGGGGCUGGAUAGGGGAUGGAAGAGACUCAGAUGAACAGCUGACUAUACUGUUCAAACAAUGGCUAACUGCAGUUCUAGAAGACAAACCUACUCCCCCUGAAGUGGAACGUCAAGCAAGCCCCACAGUGCCGAGUCCAAUUAAAGUACGAACUGACUAUGUUGUCCGACCCAGCACACUGGAGGAGAAAGCAUUGUUUAGAGCACAGGAACAUGAACGAUAUGAACAGCCCCAUAAGGCUUAUACAUACCGCAUGCAUGGUUACAAGUCAGUUGUUGGACCAGUCAAGGGAGUUUAUGGCAAGGAAACAUCGCUGAACAAGGCAAGGGAACACUCACUACUUGUGUCUGAUAGGCCACCGUACGUCACCAUUCUAUCACUUGUUCGCGAUGCAGUUGCUAGGUUACCAAAUGGGGAGGGUACCCGGGCUGAAGUCUGUGAACUACUGAAGGAUUCCAAGUUCCUAGCCGAUGCCACAGAUAAUCAAAUUAACACUGUGGUGAGCGGGGCACUAGACCGGCUACACUAUGAGAAGGACCCAUGUGUUAAAUAUGAUGGCAACCGUAAGCUGUGGAUUUAUCUUCAUAGAAAUCGCACUGAGGAAGAAUUUGAACGUCUUCACUUGGAGCAAGCCGUCUCUGUUAAGGCCAAGCGAUCCAUACAGAAGCAGCCUAAACUGAUGCAUAAAGCAAAGACUGUCAUCAAGGACAUGCAGCUGUUCCAUCAAGCUGUUCGCCCUCCCUCUGUUCUGAGCGAUACCAGUAAUGACAGUAUCAUCAGUGUUGGCAUGGGUCUGGAAACACCCAGUCCAUCCCGUUCCCCUGGGAGUUCUUCCAUCAGUCCUCACAGCUUUGCCAAGAGUCCUGCCUCCAGCACCACUCAGAGCCCCAUUGCUGGCAUCCUGGCUGGCAAAACAGGCAAGAGGGGAAGUAAGGUGGGUGCCACCGCCCAACCACAGGUGCUACAGAGGCACCUGUCAUCACCGGCGGCAAUCUCUGGAAGCCAGGCGCUCUCCCCACAGGUUCAAGCGCUUCUCACCCACGCCGCCAUGCCCAGCGUUCUGGUGCCUACUUCUGCAGCCAGCAGCGAGGCCGGACCUUACCAGAGUGGGAACUCCCUGAUCAAAGCACAGCUUCUGGCACCGCGGGGAUUUGUUGCUCAGCUGACCAGCCAGCAGCUUAGUACCUCCGUGCCAAAGAGCAGUCAGGCUGUGAGAACCAUCACCACUGCCACGCAGAUGUCAGCAGUACCUGUACCCCCACUCAUGGUGGGUCAACUCCUGUCCCAUCCGGACCAAGCCCAGCACCAAUCCACUGAAAUCCCAGGUAGAACAGGUGAUAUGGUCUCCUCUACCAAACCAGGCUUGGUACCGUCAACCAACCAACCAAUAACUCUGACACUUACAGGCGCUAAUACUGUCUCCGAUAAAUCCAAGACCCAACCCUCGAGCACCAUCCCUGCAGCUCUGGCCUUCCAUUCCAAGCCGGGGACUCUCCCCGUGAAUGUAACGCUCACCCUUAAGGGGGCCACAGAGGAGAAAAAGGCAGCAACAGGUGGGGGUACUUCACGGGGACACGGUGGAAAGACGAAACUGCCAACGGUGGGAGGUCUCCUGGCAGGACUAGGAAUGCCACUGGAAGGAGUCUCUACAUCAAGAGUUGGAAGGAAGUCCUCAUCAAAGGCUAAAUCUCCUCCGCGUGCUUCCGUCUCAAAAGCAGCAGCAUCCCAGAGCUCCAUCCAAUCCCCUGUCUCCAGGAAGAAGUCCCAGCCAAAAGCUGAAGCACCUGCCAUUGACAAGGUCCUCACCCUCCAGGCUGUCACAUCGGCUACUUUGGUCCCUCCUCAGAAGCCACCCCUCCUCGCCUCUCCAAUGAUCGUGGGCAGUGUUGCAGCUGGUGUCCAUCAGCCGUCAGCCUCAGGGCUUAUCUUCCAACCCCAAGUUGCAGCCACCGCCAAGCCUUCUUCAACCAAUUCCAGUAAGACAGCCACUCUGACAGUCACUCAGGCCUCUGCGAUCCGUACACUGACAUCCCUAGCCUCACAGCAGACACUUCAGGACAAACCUCACCUUGACAGAAGCAACAUUGCAACCAGUCAACAAACCCACUCUGAAAUCCCCUCCAUACCUAUGUCCCUGUUCAUGGCUUCAUCAGGACCUCAGGGUGCAACUAUGGGCCAAGGGGUAAAAUCAGUGUCAGUGGUGGGAUCCCUGCACCAAGGCGCAAUCCCCUUGAUCACAAACCCCUUGCUGUCUACAGGUAUUCCAGCCAGUCUGACACCGGGGAAGGGUGUGAUUCUUCAGGUCCCCAUUGGCUCCAAGCGGGUCUCUGCCAUCCCAGCUGCCAUUAGCAAACAGAAAUGCACUGCUCCUGUCAUCCUGACCUCUUCAACUUUGACCUCUUCUCUCAUGACCCCAGUGGUAACUCAGGAAUCAACCAAUGCAUCAAGAGAUCAGACUGAGCCAUCCACAAAGAAGUCUGAAGAAGUUUCUACAAACCAAGUGGCCAAAGACUUCUCCAAGACUCCCUGAACCAAUGUAAUGAUUUCCCCUAUGAUCCCCUCUGAUGAAUUACCCCUUCAUCAUCUAAGCAGAGCCAGGCUAGUGGGAUCAUUUAGAUUGGUUGCCUGAUGUGCAGGCUGUUUCCAUCCAUUGCACGAUGAAGAUUUUUAUUCUCUUAUGGUCUUAUACUCUUGCCAAGCAUAUGCGACCUGUCACGACAAACUGAGCGUAAAGUUGCUUUCAGCCGUUUCCUAUUAUGAGGGUUUAAAAUCAAAUACACUGUAUUGAAGUGGAGGUCAAUAUUUGGAUUUUGUAAUAUUUGGACAGAGAAACCUGUCAAUUCAAU